AUGAUGGUUUCAUACAAUUUCAUAUUCACUUUGGUUAUCGCUGUGGCAUGGAAAGUUAUAGGUGAACCACAAACUGUGCCUUCACCCGCAACGCAGUUAAAUUCAACAUCAUCCCCCCAUGGAGGGGAUUUGUCAAAUAAUAGCACAGAUCAUGCACAGACCGAAUCAAGAGUUUCUUCAAUAUUACAAUAUCUUCCUACUCUUAAAAAUAUUGUAAUUAUUAUCUGCGUGCUAACAGCUGUUCUCAUCUCGUGCUUGGUCAUCAAAGUGAUCAGGUAAGCUGAUUUAAGUUUACACCAUACUAAUAACUCUAUAGCCAACUGAAUUAUCCUAAUUAAAAACACCUAGUGUAAUAUGCUAUACUAUUCUUAUAAUAAAUCUAAUUUGAGCAUUCGUAAAGAUCCUACUUAUUGAUUAUGUCAUGCAGCAUGUAAUAGGAAAGUUGGCAAAUGGAGGAUUUGUUCUCUAUUGCAGCAACUAUCAUAUUGUGUCAGUAAUUGCUUUGGGAAUAUCUAAAUAUGUGAAAGACCACUACAUUAGGCUACAUCAGCAAUGCCAUAAUCACUUCCCACACCAGGUGGGCAAUAGGCCUUAACCACAGGCUUUAAUCCUGUCCAUAUGGCAAAGCAGCCAUGUCAGGUUCUGCUUGGUUCAAGAAGAUAAACUACUACACACCUCUUGUCUCAUUAUCACAACUCUUCUCUGUUUUGUCAUAGAUCUGGAAGGAGAAUACGGAAAACACGAAAGUAUGACAUAAUCACUACACCAGCAGAGCGAGUAGAGAUGGCUCCUUUGAAUGGGGAGAAUGAGGAAGAAGAGGACUCCACCCUCUUUGAUGUCAAGUAC